GUAUAUAACUGAAAACGCACCAAACGGACACGUUUAGUUACCGGAACAAGCAAAACAAAGCAGUUAUGCGAACGUUACUUUUUCUGUUUCUGCUACCUUACUCAUUUGUAUUGGGACUCUCGAUAGUAGCUAACACUCCAAGAUCCAUCAUGUGCAGAACAUGCAAACGAGAUGAAGUUCUUAGUGAAGUGGUCCCAUGUUGUGAACCGACGUGUGAAAAUGAUUGCUCGUUGGCGAAUUGCCCCAAAAAAGUGAUUUAUAAGCAGACCUGCGUUUGUCGGCCGGGAUAUGUCAGACACCAAGGAGAAUGUAUUGCGGAAACCGAUUGUCCAUCAGUUGAAGAUAGUUUACCAACUUGCCGUUCUAACGAAGAACUGCAGCCUACACCGCCGUGUUGUGAACCGUCCUGCUUGAGGAACUGCACAAAUGUUAUAUGUCGCACAGAGCUAGUUCACAAGCCCACGUGCGUUUGCGAGCAGGGCUGUGUAAGACACAACGGCCGUUGUAUUAAACCGGACCAAUGUCCUACAUGUGGCCCAUACGCUCGGUUUAGCCAUUGCACACCGUGCUGUGAACCGACGUGCUACGACGACUGCUCACAGAUUCUGUGCCUGAAGCCUUGUUCGGGAGGACCCAGGUGUCUUUGCCAACCGGGUUAUGUCAAACAUAGAGGAAUGUGUAUCCGGAAGGAAGCUUGUCCUUUGGAAAGUGCUAGCAUAGAAGCGGCUAGUAGUGAGGAAGAAAACUUCAAUCCACUUUCCCAGCAAACCAAUGAUUUAGAAGAUAUAUUCUUUCGAGACUUUCCAAAUUAUUUAUAAAUUAAAUCAACAGUUUAGUGAAAUGAAACUUACCACUUUACCCAUAGGUUUCGUAACUGGAGUUGAUGUUGGAGCGCUAAACUGUUGAGGUGGCUGAAUGUAUUGUGACUGUGCUUGUUGCUGCUGUUGUUGUUGAAGGUGCGAUUGUCUCUGCUGUUGUUGUUGUUGUUGUUGCUGUUGUUGAUAUAACUGUUGCUGCUGUUGUUGUUGCUGGUGAUGUUGAUGAGCUGCAUGUUGAUGAUGGUACAUAGGAUUGUGCUGCUGUUGCUGUGGUUGUUGAGUUUCCGUUGCAAUCGAACCGUAAUAGCCAUUUACUGGAUCGAUAUCAUUGACUGAUCCAAUUCUCCGGUUGUUAUUUGCAUUUACUGAAAUGAAAUCGUUCACUUAUUGGUUAGUAAUGCAAUGCCAAAGAGAAAAUCGUGAUUCUUAUUAACUUCUAACCUUGGAUGAAUGAUAUGUGUAUGUUAAAAGUUUUAAUAAACUAUCCAUUUUAUGCAUUGGAAAUUGCAAAAAAAAAACCAAUUGCCUUGAGGCAUAACAUUUACGAUUACUUUACUAUCUUUCAGCUCCAUUUAAUGAAUUCGUCAUACUGCAGAUGCAAUACAUAAUGACUAUAGC